CAUAGAGGAGAGCGACACUUUUUUGUUUUCCUCUUCAACAUGGAACUUUACAUACACGGGGAACACGGGAUCCUACAUUUCAUCAUCUUAGGAUGUGUCGCUGUAUUUCCUGAAUUUGCUUAUUCGUCAUACAACAUCGCAUUACGAAAGACGGCAUCACAGAGUUCUGUUUAUGGUGUAUGGGGUGCUAACAGAGCCGUAGAUGGUGUGAUAGGGAAAAACGUUGGAGGAGGAAGCUGUAGUUCUACUAACACGACAGGGUCACGUGAGGCAUGGUGGCGUGUUGACCUUGAACAAAUAUCAAGGAUAAAGACUCUAAAUGUCACAUACAGAGAGCUGUAUCCCUGGCGACUUUCUGGGUUUUAUCUCUAUGUUUCCAAUAUAUCCGCUGUGGACAAUCUACCAAGUACAGGACAUCUUUGUUACCAUGACAAUAUAACGGAUCCCUGGUAUCCUCCCAUCAUUCAACCAAUCACGUCCGUGUACAGUAGACGGGCGAUACGUCAUAUUCUAUAACACACGUCCGGCUGAUAAUGGACCUAAAU